AUAAAAUAUUAUAAUGUCUUCAGGAAUCAUGGAAGUUUCAGAGGAAGAAUUCCUCCAAGAAAAGGAAGAAAUUGACAAUGCUUAUAGAGCAUUGAAGGUCGGACAACAACUCAAACAAAUAUCCAUGGCUUGUACUAUGAAGUGAGGUGUGAGACCUUCAAUGCCUUACAUCCCAAAUCCAUAUUGGUAUACCUUUGAACAGAGAGUCUGCUUUAAUGAUUGCUUAAAUAUUAAUCUCGAAAAUGGGCCUAAGCUUACUGAUCUUGGAGAAAUCCCAGAAGGAAGCAUCCCCAAGAAGUUCUUAUGGACAGAAUCUCCCAAGCCACUUGGAUACGUUGAACCAAAAGACGACGAUGAUGAAGACGAAGAUGAAGAUGAUGAAUAAUGCUAGCUUAAU